CCUCAUCCUCUACCGUAUCCCAUCCGCCGCAUCCUCACCAUGUUCAAGCUCGGCCGCAACCGCGCAUUGGCUUCUGCCUUUGCUGCCACCUCCAGGGCUCCCCUCGCCUCCAGACUCCCCAGCGUUUCCCAACAACAAAGGAGAGCCCUCAGCAUUCACGAAUACCUCUCUGCUGAUCUCCUCCGUCAGUACGGCAUCGGUGUUCCCAAGGGUGAUGUCGCCAGGACCGGCGCCGAGGCCGAGGCCAUCGCCAAGCAGAUUGGCGGCGAGGACAUGGUCAUCAAGGCCCAGGUUCUUGCUGGUGGCCGUGGAAAGGGUACCUUCGACAACGGCCUCAAGGGCGGUGUUCGCGUCAUCUACUCCCCCACCGAGGCCAAGAUGUUCGCCGAGCAGAUGAUCGGCCACAAGCUCAUCACCAAGCAGACUGGCGCCCAGGGCCGUCUCUGCAGCGCUGUCUACAUCUGCGAGCGCAAGUUCGCCCGCCGCGAGUUCUACCUCGCCGUCCUCAUGGACCGUGCUUCUCAGGGCCCCGUCAUUGUUUCGUCGUCCCAGGGUGGCAUGGACAUUGAGGGUGUCGCCAAGGAGAACCCCGAAGCCAUCCACACCACCUACAUCGACAUCAACGUCGGUGUCACCGAUGAGAUGGCCCGCGACAUCGCCACCAAGCUCGGCUUCAGCGAGCAGUGCGUCGAGGAGGCCAAGGACACCAUCCAGAAGCUCUACAAGAUCUUCUGCGAGAAGGAUGCCACCCAGAUCGAGAUCAACCCUCUUUCCGAGACCUCUGACCACAAGGUCAUGGCCAUGGACGCCAAGUUCGGCUUCGAUGACAACGCUGAUUUCAGGCAACCCGACGUCUUCAAGCUCCGCGACACCACCCAGGAGGAUCCCGAUGAGGUUCGCGCCGCCCAGGCCGGCCUCAACUUCAUCAAGCUCGAUGGUGACAUUGGCUGCCUUGUCAACGGUGCCGGUCUCGCCAUGGCUACCAUGGACAUUAUCAAGCUGAACGGUGGCCAGCCCGCCAACUUCCUUGACGUCGGUGGUGGUGCUACCCCCGCGGCCAUUAGGGAGGCCUUCGAGCUCAUCACCAGCGACCCCAAGGUUACCGCCAUCUUUGUCAACAUUUUCGGUGGUAUCGUCCGCUGCGACGCCAUCGCCCACGGUCUCAUCAACACGGUCAAGUCUCUGGACCUCAAGAUCCCCAUCAUUGCCCGUCUCCAGGGUACCAACAUGGAAGCUGCCCGCCAGCUCAUCAACGACUCUGGCAUGAAGAUCUUCUCCAUCGAUGAUCUCCAGAGCGCUGCUGAGAAGUCUGUCCAGCUCUCCAAGGUCGUCAAGAUGGCUCGUGACAUUGACGUCGGCGUUGAGUUCACCCUUGGUAUUUAAGCGAAUCUCGGUCUUUGGGAAUUAUAGACAGGCGGGUGGUUACGGCUGACAUGGAUAUUUCUAGCUUGAUUUAGACUCUUACUAUCUCUCUCUCUCAGCGUAUGUGUGUGUGUGUAUGUGUGGUUGGCAGGCAUGAUUGAAGGUUCUCUUUUUUUCCCGUCUCUUUUCCUGUGUACCUAAUUGUUAGACGAUGCACUGCACCGAGCCCUUUGAUGUUAUUGUUGGUUUCUUCGGUUGCAUGCAUCGUCUAGUCGACAAAAAGUUCUCCGUGGUGUGUUGCAUGUCGAGGGAAAAAGUGGAAGGGCCGAGCUGUCAGUGUCAUUGGGACCUGGGAAGAUACCUCUCAUUACAAUACUGAUGAUACCAUAUCUUUGCUUGGCUUAUACCGUGUCAAAAUGCCUUCAACGCAACCAGAUCUACGGAUGACUGGGUAUGCUAAGUGGUCGAUACAUCAUGUCCACACACACUUUGACAUUGCUCAAGACACGAUAAUAC